GAUGUUUUCUCAAAGCAUCCGGACUCCUGAGUAAUAGAAUCCGGGCCAGUUGCUAGGACAUGACUGCUGUCUGUGUGUGAUGGAGGGCUUCUACAAGCGCGGGCUCCUGCUGUCACUCCUGGUUGGAUGGAUUCAAGCAGGAGCUGGGCAGGUUUCACACUGCAACAGCUCUGUCCCUGGCUCCUUCCACGACAGUGGAGCAACCAUUAUAGAUGGGAACAGAUAUGUCUCCUUUAAGGAAUACAUUGGGAAAACUGUCCUGGUCCUCAAUGUAGCCACAUUCUGAGGACUGACGUACCAGUACAAAGAACUGAAUGCACUUCAUGAGGAUCUGAGUUCACUCGGCUUCACGAUCCUUGGAUUCCCGUCCAACCAGUUUGGUAAACAAGAACCAGGGGAAAACUAUGAGAUCUUGCCCUUGUUGAAGUAUAUCCGUCCCGGCAAUGGGUUUGUGCCAAACUUCCAGCUGUUCCAGAAAGGGGACGUGAAUGGUGAAAACGAGCAGCAGCUGUUCACGUACCUGAAGAAUGCCUGCCCCCCAGUGGGAGACAGUUUUGGAACCACUAACAGGUUGUUCUGGCAACCCCUCAAAAUCUCUGACAUCAAGUGGAAUUUUGAGAAGUUUCUCAUUGGACCCGAUGGCAAAGCUGUCCGACGUUGGUUCCCUCACGUUCCCCUGGCCACAAUCAAGGAGGAUAUCAUCCAGUACAUGAGCACUCUGUCCAUUCAACAACAACCCAUCUAAAAGAUGUUUGCAAAACUUUUUUUUUUUCCCCAUAUAAUUAUACGAUGGUUUGAAUUAGCUAAGUGAAGUUUGUCUAUGUUACUCCCUUCCAUGGCACCCCCCCCAUCUUACUAUCACUCCUUCACUUUCACUCUCCUCUCUUUCAUGCUCUGACUCCUGCUUCACUCCCUCUCCUCCAUCACGCUCCCUGCUCCUUUGCCCCCUUCCCCCUUUAUUCGCCCUUCAGUUCCUCUCACCUCAUUCCUUUACCCCUUCAUGCCCCUUGUUCCUUCCCUCUCUCUUUCUUUCCCUCCACCCCACUUCGCCACCUUCAGUCCUGCAACUUUCCCCCUUCUCUCCUCUUCACUCAGCUCCUCCCCCGUCACAUCUUCCCCUCCCUGCUCCCUCCCACUUACAUUACAAGAACAAUCAGAAACAGAAACUGUCAGGGGUUCUCAUCAGGCCUAUCAUUGAAGAGGGACGAGGAUCAGUGUUUCGUCUGGGGAUCUGGGUUAGGCCCCUGUUGCUUGUAGAAGAUUCCUACCUAAACGUUAAACCAAUUUCUUUCCCACUCACUUACCUAACUUGAACCAUCACGACAUACGCUGGAACUGUACAUACUAUAGUUAAUCGCUUUCACUGUCUGAGCGCUGAGAUAUCUCUUGUAGCGGAGGGUUAGGGGUGGAGAAGAUGGGAAGAGAACUGCUGAGUGAUGAUCAGAUCUAAAAGCAGGCACUCCCUGCCAGGUCUGGUCUGAAACUGUGUGAAGGCAGGCUCAGCCCUUUAAGUGCAUUCAGGCUGUCCCAUCACCUCACACAGAGCAUGUUGUCUCUACCUAUACAGCUGCUCCUGCCUGUCUGCCAGGGAUAUCAAGAAGUCAUUGAACACAUACACAACACACACACACACACACAACAAAUAAUAAACUAUCUUUCGCAAA